CUAAAAAUUACUAUCAAAAUUACAUCAUCGACGCUGUAACAAACAAAGUACAGAAAAAAAAUGGCGUGGAGGAGUAAUCUCUCAAAGAAUCUCAAGGAGCUUCGAAUCCUCUUCUCCCCAUCGGCUCCAGCCAGCUCUUCAACAAGAGUAUUCAUUGAAAGGAAUUACAAGGAUCUUAAGAAACUCAAUCCCAAACUUCCGAUUUUGAUCCGGGAGGCCGAUAAUACAGAGCCUCAGCUUUGGGCUAGAUUUGAUUUUGGAGUUGAAAGAGGAAUACGUUUGGAUAGUAUGACAGAGGAUCAGAUCUCAAAGGCACUAGAGGAUCUUGCUAAAGUUGGGGCAGCUCUCAAAUCUUGAUGUAGGUGUCUAUGGUCCUUUAUUUUUAAUAAAGCAAUGGUUGCUGGAAAAUGCCAUAUCAUGUUCUCCAUUUGUUCUAAGCAACUUGAUUUUCUCUUUUUAAUGAAAUUGAGACGAGUUUUUUCCCCCUUGCUGAAACUAAGAAAUUGGGAAUGGGUUAUUGAAAGUUUAUGCUAUUCUGCAUGAAUUUCAAACUGCCUAGUUGGUUUGGAUUGUCUGUACUGUUUGGAGGAUAUGAAUGCCAUAUCCUGCAAGCAUACUAAUUAGUGUUAAUAGUGUUAUUAAACUGAUA